AUGUCCGAGCAAAAAGCAAGAGUUCUCAUUGUCGGCACCGGUGGUGUCGGUACCAUGUCAGCCUACGCCCUCGAGCAGGGCGGCAAAGCCGAGGUCACGGCUGUUAUGCGAUCCAACUACGAAGCCGUGAAGGCGAACGGCGUGAACAUCGAUUCCGUGCAAUACGGCAAUGGCAUCAAAUUCAAACCUACCAAUAUCUGCAAAGCCGUCCCAGACGUCGUAAAGGAGAGCCUCCCACCAUUUGAUUUCAUCCUGGUAACAACAAAGAACAUCCCGGAUGUUUCCCCAACAGUGGCCGACAUCAUCGCGCCCGCCGUAACCCCCGGCAAAACCGUCAUCGUUCUCUCCCAGAACGGAAUCAAUAUCGAGAAGCCCAUCAUCCCCCGCUUCCCCACAAACCCCCUCAUCAGCAGCGUCUCCUUCGUCGGCGCAACCACACGCUCACACUGCGAUAUCCUGCACGAUGACCCAGACGACCAAAAGAUUGGCCCCUUCUCCAGCCCAGAAGUGCCAGCCAAGGUCGCUGAGGACGCAGCAAAGCGCUACAUCGACAUAUACAACCCGCACGGCAAGCUCGAUCUGAUCUACGACGCAGAUGUCCGUCGCUGUCGCUGGAGAAAAUUGCUUUACAAUGGCUCGUACAACCCUAUCUCGACAAUCUUGCGUAUGGAUACCCCGCGCAUGAGAAUGAGCGCCCAUGUCAUUGAUGACCUGAUCCGUCCUAUCAUGAAGGAGAUUCUGGCUGCUGCGCGUGCGGACGGUGUUACGGAUUUCCCAGAUGAGCUUGUUGAGAGUGUUAUUCGGGGUGAUCCUGUUGAUACGGCUUUCAAGCCUUCUAUGUGUCAGGAUAUUGAGAAGGGGAAUUUGUUUGAGGUUGAGAAUAUUGUUGGUGAGCCUUUGCGAGAGGGUGAGGCUAAGGGUGUUCCUAUGCCUACUCUUCGUACGGUUUAUGGUAUUCUUAAGGGAUUGCAGUUGCAGGUUAAGGAGAGUAAGGGGUUGUGGGAGCCUAAGUUCACUGCUGAUAACCCGUAUCAAUAA